UGACCUAGGUUGUGCUCGAUGUUCUAAAAAUGAUAAACUUUCCGACAGCACUUGAAGGCAGCGUACGUUAGCUAGCAGGCUAGCAUAGCAUUAGCUAGCAUCGUAAAUUCGCGAUGCCUCCCUAUGUAGCUACAAAACACUGUUCGUUUAACUGUUCUGCUCCAUGGAUAAAGAAAUGAUGACCCCCCCCUGGCUUAACACAUACUUAGCGAACUUGACAGAUUGACAAAUGGACGUCAAUGAGUAUGUUUUAUCAGCGGGCAGAUCCGUGCUGGACAUGGUGGAGCGGGAGUGGCAGCCCCUGUCUCCUGGCGAGCUGGAGCAGCGACUGGACCAGGCGGUGGAAGAAAUCCUGGAGGGUGACCUGAUAGCUAAACUUAAAACUCAGCCGUCGCCUCCUCCUCCUAUAUGCGUACAGUUACUGCAGAGCCAAGCUAAUGUGCAGCCCCAGGUUUUACAGAUGACAGCAUCCAGUAGUUCCCCGGAGGAUGAAGUACCAGAGCCCCGAGAACUGUUGGAUACCGUAGACGGUGCUGCAGUCAAGUACAUCACAGACCUGCUUCAAAGCUCCAAAUCCAGGGCCCGAAUGGCCGGACGGGCUCGCUUGUCUUUGUCCCACACUGUCCUGCUGUCCCUCACUCUGCUCUCCGAGCGCGUCAGCUACCGCUCUGUGUCCCGCCGCUUCCACCUAGAGAAAGGAAACAUCCACAGGAUCUUCUUUUCUUUCUGUGAGCGCAUCAACACGCUGGAAGAGAGGCAAAUCAGGUGGCCAGUCGGCAAAGAGGCUGUAGAGGCCCUUUUCCCACUUUGCAGUCCAGAGAAGGAGCAGGAGGAGCAGCAAGGUAUCCCUCUGGUCCUGGGAGUGUUGGGACACACCCGCAUCCCUAUCCGCCUGCCUAUAGGGAAACAUGAUGUGGAGAGCACAGUGCCUGAGGUGAAGAGGAUGAAGAAGGAGGCCCACCCUGACUCCUGGCUAAACCUUCAACUCACAUGCGACCGUAAAGGCCGGUUCCUACACUGCAGAAUCAGUAAAGGAUCAGAUGUGGACAGAGGCGUCGCUCUGAGUGACAAACUUAAACAGCAUCCUGAACUGAUGCCCUCUAGCUCCUGCCUCGUGGCCAGAGCCGGUUACCCACUCUCUGCUCAUAUUUUAACUUCAUACUCAGAAAGUCACGGGCCAAGAGAGGAGCUGUUCAACAAGACACUCGAGGAGCAUUUUCACAUCCUGGAUCAGGCUGUUGCCAACCUGAGAACCCGAUUUCAAAGGCUCAGGUAUCUGGAUAUUGGAAACUAUGAUCGAGCCAGAGCUGUCGUGCUGACCGCCUGUGUGUUGCACAAUGUGUUUUUGGACAUGGGACAAGUAGUACAAGGAGAAGUUGAGAAAGAGGAAGCCAUAAUCCAAGAGGGAGAGAUGGAAGUAGAUGAAGAGGGUGUACACAGACGGAACGCCAUCUCAGAUUUGUUGUUUAAAAACUUUGAUUCUGGAAGCACAUGAUGUGAUGAUGUGAUGAUGUGUGGUGGGAAACUUGGGUUCCUUGAUGUAAAUGUACAGUUUUGUAAUAUAAAGGUUUAUUUUAACAGUCUCUACUGCCUGCACUCAUAACACUCGACUAUCAGAAAACAGAGAUAUAUUUCCUGUUAAGGCAUUUACACGGUGUGUAACAGUUGUCCACUGUAAAUCUUGAUAAUCCAUAAUUAUUACUGUGGUUUACCAAAUUGGAGAUGACAAAUGAUAUUGGACAAAGUGUUUACAUUUUUCCAAAACAGUUUCACCCCAUUUUACAAAUUUAAAAAAGAAAAAAAUUUAAAUGUAAUCACACAAAAUACUCUUCGACUGCAGCUGUAUAUAAAUACCAGUGUGUUUCUAUUGUUCCUCUUCAUCACAGUGAAAGUACAUGUAACAGCCAAUAAAAGGUCUCUAAUGUAGCAUAAUAAAGCAUAUGGCUAAGGAUCACAAAUAA